AUGUCUGAUACCACCCAUAAUAUACCAAAAGACCCGAUUGCGGCGCUUGUGGAAAAAACCCCCGAAGACCUUCACCCAGUCCCUCCAGUCCCAUCCCCGGGGCUCUCCCCACAUUCUCCGCAUGGCGUUCUGGCCACACCUAACCAUCUUCACAACGGAUCUUCCCUUUCUCGUUCUUCUUCUCCACCAUCUUCAUCCAGUGUUCCGAGAUACCCAGUUCCUUCGGGAAUCUUUUUGCCAUCACCUUUGUUGCUACCAGGUCCAGCCCCAUCUCGGGUCGCCAAAGCAGCAAGAGCCACAGAUACUAUGGACCUAUUUGUACACGUCUUCAACACAAAAGAUGGCAAAGAUAAAAUUAUUAAAAUUAUCCAGUACACAUUCCGGGUCGUGCUAUGGGCAGAUGCAACUAAACUCUUACACAAAACACUUUUGGGAUCUACUUCUUCUAAAACUACUUCACGAAAACUUAGACUCACUAAAGCGGCAGUCCUUUAUCUCCUAGCAAUCAAAUGGGCCCGCACAAUGGUCCCCCAGUUAUCCAUGUUUCGUAAAAUCAUGCGCAUGGGUAACUGGAUGGAGCCUUUGCAUCUAUUGUUACACUCUGUACCUGUUCGUAUUCUAAGGUCGCGCAAUAUCAAAGCCAACAUUUUAACUCACGAUGUUCUCGAUGCUGUUAUUGAACUUUACAAUGCAAUUUUUGAUGACAUUUAUCUUUUCUUUAAGCUUGGCCUCGUGCUCAAGGACCGGCCAAAACUCGGCCACAAGGCAGACUUACACGCUAAUUAUGCCUGGCUUGCUGCCAUUGCACUCGCAUUUUUUGGCGAGCAUUCUAAUCUGUGGUCUCAAGCUAGGCGGCACACCCGCAUAGCCGCCGAACAAGCACUUUACCAAGAUGCAGAAACAUUGACUCCAGUACAAACCCAGGUUGUUUCUGACCUAGCUCUUGAACAAUACAAGGUGGCCCAAAAACGUAAAAUCUCACUUCUCAACUCAACUAAAUUGACUUGUGAUCUUGUGUUUUGCAUCAUUGAUAUUUUCGAAGCAAAUACCCAUCCUCUCAUUGCUACUGGGACUGGUCUUACAUCGGCCCUUAUAGGCUACUACAAAAUUUACCAUAAACUUUUGCAAGCUCGUUUAUACUGA